CCUCCUUUUUUCUGUAAAUGUUUUCCAAAAUCUUUGCCUCCUGUGAAGAAUAGUGUGAAGAAUAUUUUGCUGACAGUUAAUUCAAUUUUAACCUGGCAUUUUCAAAAUUAUACUCAACGUUACAUCACCUUGUUUAAUGGAUAGUUGAACCAUCCAUCAAUGAUAAUAUCAUUAGUUACAUUUACCUCUGUUCAUAUUUAACUGUAAAAUCACUGGAAAGUAAAGUCUCAUGUUGAUCAAAUACCGAAUAACUUUACCAUUUAUUGUCACAUUGUGUUUUGCCAAAUGUAUUAUUGGAACGCAAAGUGGAUGGUAUUUUCCUCCAUUUGAUGGUGAUAAACUUCAACGUAAAUCUCGAGGUCAUGGUUAUCAUUAUUCAACGACACCAAAUGGACCAAAUGGACAAGAUCAAGAAACAAGCUUUUCAAAUGAAAAUUAUCAAUCUAAUUCAAUUUUAAGUUCAAUGGAGAGGAUUAAAAGCAUUGCUGAUUAUCAAUCGAAUCAGCUUUCUCAGGCAACAACAAAGGCAAAUGAAGUUGAAUACAGACUUGCUGCAGCGGUUGAUCUGACCCGGCGACAUCGAAUGCACUUUUUUUAUGGACUAAUGUUGCAGUCAUAUAAUUAUAUCAAAGAUUUACGAGUAAAGGGACAAAAAAUGGUCAAAGACAUUCGUAAACAGAUUAAUAGAUUAACUCGCCUAUCCCGUAAGGCAAGCAACAAGAAGUACAAGUUAAAUAGCCAAAUGGAGGAGAUGGAGAAGCUUAUGAUUUCAUCUAAUGAGCUUGAAAAUAAAAUUAACCAUUCUGUGGACGAGUUUAAUGAUAUACUUGAAGAUUUCAUGACUGAAGUCUAUAAAAAGAAAUCUCGAAAUUUCGAGUCUAAUCAAGACUAUCCAGUGCAACAGAGGAUUACCUGGGAAUAAUUGAAAGUGGAUUAUGCCGUGCGGACUAUUGUUAAAAAAGAGCUGCUCUUGAUAACCAACUUGGAUCAAUCUUUUAAAAUGUAAAAUGAAACGGAAUCACUUCAAAUAUUCAACCAUUUGGUGCAUCAGUGAAGUUUGUACAAAGAUAAUCAUUUUAACUGACACAUUUAUAUCAAUGAUGAUCAAACUUUCAGUUGGUAAUCGACCAACUUGAUUUUCAAUGGUUUAGUGUCAACAUUUCACAUCUUGUAUUAUAUUGUGCCAAUUGUGAAAAUAUGAUAUACGUUGCUGUUCAAAAGGCAAAUAAAGUGAAAGAGUCUUGGUUUA